CCGGCAUCUCCACCUCGGCAACCCCAUCAUCAUCCGUUCGUCCUCGCAUCCCAUCCCAUCCCUACCGGCCACCGGGCACCUCGUCGCCGAUCUCGUCACGCCAUCGCGCCCAUCGCCUCGCCGCUACUUCUUUAUAUUAUCAUCCAUAGCAGCCCUCCACGAACCACCGCGAGGUCCACGCCGCGGGCGACGCCGUCCAAAUCCACGCGAUAAGAACCAAGCCAGCCUUGCUUUGCCGCCGUUUCGCCCUUCCGCUGCCGCACCACCUGCUUAUAAAAUACACCAAAGAGAAUGGUGCCGCUCCGCAUAUACCGCCACCUGAUCCCGCAGCUGGCAGCUGCAGCCAGGUCGCUCUCCGCGCCCAAGGUCGCCGCCUCCGCCUCCUGCGCUCCCCGCCCGAUCUCCCCGCUGCCGGCCCUCGCAAUGGCGGCCUACGGCACCGGCGCUUGCGCCGACAGCAAGCUCCUCUUCAGGCAGCUGUUCGAGAAGGAGAGCUCCACCUACACCUACCUCCUCGCCGACGUCGGCGACCCCGAGAAGCCCGCCGUGUUGAUUGACCCUGUUGACAGAACAGUUGAUAGAGACCUCAAUCUUAUCAAGGAAUUAGGCUUGAAACUCAUCUACGCUAUGAAUACUCAUGUGCAUGCUGAUCACGUCACUGGAACAGGACUAAUAAAGACUAAGCUACCAGGAGCCAAGUCUGUUAUCUCAAAAGCCAGUGGAGCAAAAGCCGACCAUUCUGUUGAGCACGGGGACAAAAUAUACUUUGGGAAGCUUUUCCUUGAGGUGCGAGCUACUCCUGGCCAUACUGCUGGCUGCGUGACUUAUGUAACAGGUGAUAGUCCUGAUCAACCCUCACCAAGGAUGGCUUUCACUGGGGAUGCCUUAAUUAUACGUGCAUGCGGAAGGACAGACUUCCAGGGAGGAAGCUCCGAUCAGCUGUACCAAUCAGUGCAUUCACAGAUUUUCUCUUUACCGAAGGAUACCCUGCUUUAUCCUGCCCAUGACUACAAAGGUUUCACGGUAACUACCGUCGAAGAGGAGGUUGCCUAUAAUGCCCGACUAUCAAGAGAUAAGGAAACUUUCAAGACGAUCAUGGAAAACCUGAACCUGUCUUACCCAAAGAUGAUUGAUGUCGCUGUACCCGCCAACAUGGUUUGCGGCUUCCAGGAUCCACCAUCGAAGGUCUGAGGUGUUCCAGCUGAAGCAGCUUUGCAAGUGGCGGUGCUCCUGCUCCUGGUUGUUGUGAAGUCAAGAUCAGAUAGAGAGGGCUUGCGGCUGCGUUGUACAUGAAAUAAUUUGUCUGCGUUGUACAUUAAAUAAUUUGUUGGCUGCAACAUUGGCUGAUGCGGCCUCUGUCUCCGUUUGACUUCACCGUCUGUUCAUCAUCUAUCAACGAGAAGAAGGCAGUUUGCUUGCCCUUCACCUCACCUCUGCAAAUACAAUACCGUGCCCCUUCACAGACAAUAA